GACUGCAGACAUUGUACAGGAAACGACCAGAGACUUCAGACAUAGUACAGGAGAUGACCAGAGACUGCGGACACAGUACAGGAGAUGACCAGAGACUGCGGACACAGUACAGGAGAUGACCAGAGACUGCGGACACAGUACAGGUGAUGACCAGAGACUGCGGACAGUACAGAUGACCAGAGGCUGCAGACACAGUACAGGAGAUGACCAGAGACUGCAGACAGUACAGGGGAUGACCAGAGACUGCAGAGAGUACAGGAGAUGACCAGAGACUGCAGACAG